AUCUUCUUUCUCGGCGAAAAGAAUUAUUCAAAGCGAAUGCUCUGGUCGCCCAUCAAACUACAAAUGUCCUCCAAAUCUCUCUUCUCCUUGUGGUCAUCUUCCCCAUUCUUCCCUUUUCUGUUUAUUAAGGGCAAGCUUCCAAAGUAGUGAUUCUUCUCUAAUCAUGCCUUCCGUAGUAGUGACAGACGAAUACAUGAAAUCCGAACAAGUGCCUGUUAUUGAUCUUUCUUCAUUGAAGAACGGCCAUGAAGCAGAAAGCGCGACGUUGGCUAAAUUGAAACAGGCUUGCCAAGAGUGGGGAUGUUUUCUGGUGGUGAAUCACGGAAUAGAGGAGAACGUUAUCACCCAAAUGGAUUCAGCCACCAGAGAGACGUUUAAAGUUUCCAAAGAAAACAAAGAGAAAAUUCAAGGAGAAUUCGGAUACAUUCCCUCCAUGGCUGCCCUGCCCUUCUUAGAGAUUCUCCCUGUCAAUGGGGCCCCCGAUCCCGACGCAAUCCAAAAGUUUGCCCAAGAGCUGUGGCCUCAAGGAAACCCUAAAAUCUGCAAAGUCAUAGAGGCAUACUCUUCCCGGGUUGAGGAGCUCACAAACGAUAUCAUAACAGCAAUAUUCAAGAGCUUUGGGGUAAGCAAGUAUUACAAAUCUCAGUUUUGGGGACUUCUUCGCAUGAAUCACUGUGACGUGCGGGGAGAGGCAAGAGGAGGAUUGGGUCCCCAUACAGACCAUAAUCUGAUUACUGUGAUGUACCAAGAUAAUACUGGUGGACUUGAGCUGAAGACCAAAGCAGGCAAUUGGGUAGAAGUGAAGCCUGUACCCAACUCCUUUGUGGUUUUUACGGGUGACUCGCUCAAGGCCUGGAGUAAUGCUCGCAUUCACAGCGGAAUACACAGAGUGAUAGUAAACAAUAAAUCUCCUCGGGUUUCGCUGCCAUACUUUUUUUUCUUCCAAGAUGACGACGUUAUAGAGGCGCCUCCUGAGUUUGUGGACGACGAGCAUCCUCGCCUAUACUCGCCCUUCAAGUAUGGAGAGUACAAAUCCUACUGCAAGGCAAUUAAGACUUCGAGAUGCGAACACAAAGAGUUCUUUGAAAGAGAGAGUGAUGAAGCAUUUCUUGAAAACUUUCUUGCUGCUUCAUCUGUUUGCGCCUGCAAUCAUUGAGACACAAAUUCAUGGAUAUCAUUGAAGUUUUUAUGUUUUUGACUACUUUUCCUAUAAAAUAAUUAUAUGUGUAGAACAACGAUCUGUUAUUACACAGACUGUUAUUCAUAAUCUAUAUUCCUGCGUUCAGCUCCCAA